CAUGUGAUGAUAUGUUCACUUCCCUUUUCGCCUUUUUGUAGUGGGAAUAUUAAACUUUUCUUCUGAUUGUUCAUCUGAUUCUGAUUGAUUAUGGUCACCAGAGCAUGAUCAAUCUGACAGCUGCUGUUAAAACAGAUGUAAAAGGACAUGGCAGCCGGUGUUGGACUGCUGCUUCUGCUCAUAGGAGUAUCUUAUGGUCAUAAAACUUUCUGUGAUGGCAGACACGAGGGAGCUCAAUGUUCUCAACCCUGGGGAGCAACUGUGUUUGUUCACCUGAUGGUUGAGGCCUCAGAAAACAUAAAAUUCCAGUGGACAAAGGAAGCAACAACAAUACUAAAUUGGAGAAACAGUAGACUCGUGACGAACACAUUAGAGAGCAGAUCUGAAUUUAUCUCCAACAAUGGGACAUUUAGGAUCAGCAGCCUUAGGGGCAGUGAUAGUGGUGAAUACACACUUACAUUUUUUGGUUCUGAUGGAAAAGCAACAGGAAAUCGGACUCUGCAUUUGUACAUUGAAGGCCGGUCCCCAAUAAGAGUUGGAGCAAUCUCUGCUCUGCUUUUGUUUUCUAUCCAUGUCGUUGUCUGUGCAAUCGUCAUCUGUGUUCAGAGGAAAAGGCAAAAAAGAAAAGGAGAAGAACUCCCUGCUGACUUGACCUACGUUGAUGUCAGAGUGGUGCAACAGCGAGAGAGGAAGUCAGUGAGUCAAAAAGUAGAGGAAGAGGUGGAGUACAGCCAAAUAAAGAUAGCAGGAUGAUUCUAAUCAAAUUCGACAGAAGAAAUGACACUAUAUGAAAAUUAAAUGAACUGUUGUCUGCUUUGGUGACGACUGCAGCACUCAUUGCAGAUCCACAGAAAAGAUGACGAUGCGGACUCCUAAAGACGUUUAACUCUUCUUUAAUCAUUGUAACUUUUAACAAUGCAAAAACAACUGCUUGUUUAUUUUAAUUGUAAUAUUUGUUCAUGACUGUAAUGUUAAAUUUGAUAAGGAAGUCUUGACAAAUUGGCAACCACUCAACCCAUUAAAUUACAAAAAAAGUUAAGAGACAAAUGUGCUGGAGUCCAAAGAAAAACAUGUUAUGUUUUCCGGAGCAACUCCUUACAGCCUACGCAAGUGAAAAACAAAAUAAAAGUUGUUAAUGGUGAAACUAACAAAUGCCUUGUACUUUAAAAAAAAUCACCUUAACCUUUUAAUGAUGUUGGGGCAACUGCAUACAUUUUCCGUAUCAAAAUUCAUAGUAUCGUAUCACUGGUCAAUGAUUAAACAAAACUGAAUAUUUGAACAAAAUCCAAAAGCAGUGAAGGUUCAGAAAGUGAAGAAAACAAAUGACAUCUUACAGAAAGUGGUAGUAAGAGAGGCAGGUUGCACCGCAGGAGAAACUGACUUAAUGAACUGGGAGGUGGAUGAUUAGUGAUGUGAUAAAGAGAUGAACGACUACUGAUGACUUUCUGCUGUGAGGGAGGAUCAAUGACUAAUUAAUAAAGAGACAUAAGGAGUUUCAGUGACUACACAGUUAGAUGGAUGUACAUUUUUAACUCAAUUUGCAGUAAUGCUAAUCUUUCCAAUUUAGGAUAAUGGAUUGGCUCUGCUGUGUGAGAUGUUCAACAUUUUGGACUUUCUCCACAACUUGACUUGACCUGUUUGCUGUCUGUUGGUCUUCAUGAUGGCGUUUGCUCUCUAAUAGAACAGCACUAUACCUACUGAGAUUAAUUCAUGCACUGCACACUCUAUUCAACCAACAAGCAAUUAUUUCAGGUAAUCUUGAAUGCCCUGGAAUUAAAAAAAACUUUCAGAGAAUAGGCGUCUAAAUAGAAAUACAUACAUUAAUUUUCACUAUUUUAAUUUAAAAAAAUCAUACAAUUAAACUCGUAGUUAUUAAUACCCAUGACCAAAAGAUUUUAAAAAAAAUUAUAAUUGCAUUCAACUAUGAAGUUUGUUUCUGACAAAAGGUCAAACUUUGCACUACUUAAAACAGCACAAUGUAAAAACCUGUUUUAGAAAAUAAUGUGUUCUUGACUUUCCUGUCAAAAAUGAUCUACAGCCUUCGCAAUAAUCUUGGGAUAAAUAUUUUAAUUUGGUUAUUUGCCUUUAGUGAUGAGCUCUAGAGUUUUUGUUCAAAAGACCUCCUUUCCAUCACCCUAACCUUGAUCUCACUCCACAGAAAAAAAAAGAACAUGUUGAAAACAAAUUAAAGAUUUAAUUAAUUGAAGUUGCUAGGGCUUAACUGUAUAGAUCAGGGGUGGGCAAUCCUGGUCCUCGAGGGCCAGUGUCCUGCACCUCUUGCAUGUCUCCCUAUUCCAACACACUUUAAUCCAGGGGUCUCAAACUCCAGGCCUCGAGGGCCGCAGUCCUGCAGUUUUUAGAUGUG